AUUGCCUUUGACAACCUUGGACUGAAAGGUGUUGGCUACAUGGAGCAUACGCUGGUGCCCAAACAAGAGACAACGGCGAGCGACUUCCUCAAGCUGUUUCCCCAGUACGAUGGACGAAACGUCGUCGUGGCAAUCUUCGACACUGGGGUCGAUCCAGGAGCGCCAGGGCUUCAAUGGACGCCGGACGGUCGGCCGAAGAUCAUCGACGUGGUGGAUGCGACCGGCUCAAGCGAUGUGGACAUGACCACUGUGAUCAAAGCCAAGGACGGCAAGUUGAAGAUCAGCCCUAAAACAACAUGGACCCUGAAUCCAGAUUGGAAUGCCGUGAAUGACAGAUUUCGCGUGGGGUAUAAGCGCGGGUACGAGUUCUACCCCCAGCCACUCGUGGCGCGCUUGAAGGAAGCGCACAAAGCCGAGUGGGUCAAGUCGCAGCGCCCGUUCAUCAACGCCACGCAACGGGCACUGGCCGAGUGGACGCGCUCUCAUGAUCCCAAGACCCUCUGCCUAUCCGACAUUGACGCUCGCAACGAACUCUUGGCUCGACUUGCAGUCCUCGAGGACUCUGUGAAAACCUUCGACGACCCUGGUCCAGUCUACGACUGCGUUGCGUUCUUCGAUGGAAGCUACUGGCGCGCCGCGGUGGAUGCGACGGGAACGGGCGACUUUUCGACUGCCAAUGCCAUGGCCAACUUCUGCGUGGCGCAAGAAUUCGCCAAGUUGAGCGACGAGAGCCAGCUCAACUACGCGCUCAACGUGUACGACAACGGCGACGUGCUGAGCAUCGUGUGCGACGCCGGGUCCCACGGCACCCACGUGGCUGGCAUCGUUGCCGCGUACCAUGCAGAGGAUCCCGUCAACAACGGCGUGGCGCCAGGGGCCCAGAUCGUGUCGGUCAAGAUUGGCGACAGUCGGCUCGGCGCCACGGAGACCGGCGUGGGCAUCUGUCGAGGCAUCCUCGCCGUGCUGCAACACAAGUGCGACGUGGUCAACAUGAGUUUUGGCGAACACGCGGCGCGGCCCAACUACGGCCGUCCAAUUGAAAUGAUCCAGGAACUGGUGGAAAAGCACGGCGUCAUGUUCGUCGCGAGUGUCGGCAACGACGGGCCGGCCUUAGGGUCGAUCAAAUCUCCAGGAGGGCUAUCUUCAUGUAUUCUGGGGGUCGGGGCAUACGUGUCGCCAGCGAUGAUGGCCGCGGAGUACUCAAUGCAGGAGCGCCAUGAAGGCGGCGCGUACACGUGGUCGUCCCGCGGGCCAGCCAUGGACGGAGACCUCGGCGUGAAUGUGUUUGCCCCUGGGGGGGCCAUCACGUCGGUUCCGCAGUGGACGCUCACGAAGAAGCAGCUCAAGAAUGGCACGUCCAUGUCAGCUCCCAACUGCACCGGGUGCGUCGCGCUGCUCUUGUCCGGAUUGAAAGCGGUUGGCAUCCAUACAAACCCGUUCCAGCUGCGCCGGGCGCUGGAGCACACUGCCGUGAAAGUGCCCCACGUGGACUCGUUCGUCCAGGGCCGGGGACUCGUUCAAGUCGUGCCUGCGUUUGAGUAUUUGAAGCAGCACAGCAACGCUGCCAGCAACUCACAGCCCUUGUACUACGAUGUGCGCAUCACACGACCUGGCACGACCGCGUUUGGUCGAGGCGUGUGCCUUCGCGAACCCGCCGACGUGGUUGGCCUUUCCAGCGUCGAAGUGCAGGUCAAGAUCUCGCCCGUGUUUCACGUAGACGCUCCGAAUGCCGACAAGCUGCAGUUGGACAUGUCCAUCGCGUUGAUCGCGACGCGCCCAUGGAUCUUGGCGCCCCCGACGCUAGCAUUGUUUCACGACAGCCGCGUGUUCUCUGCGGUCGUGCAACUGGACCAGUUAUCCGCAGGAGUUGCCCAUUUUGGCGAAAUCCUCGGCUACGACAGCCACGACCGGGCCAAAGGUCCGCUCUUUCGCGUGCCAGUGACCGUGAUCAAGCCAACACGUGUGGCCAUGCCAGAGACCACGCUGACGCCAACCGUCGCUCCUGGCGAUGAGUUUCGGGCGUUUUUGGCCGUACCCGCCGGUGCGACGUGGGUAGAUGUCCGCGUCGUGUCCGGAACCCCCUUUCCAUCCGUCCGUCGCCACCGCACGGUGGUGCUGCACCUGAUGCAGUACGAAACAUACACAAGACCGAACGGCACAUCGUUACUCAAGCGGUUCCAGCUGGACGCGUCGGACGCCGGCUACAGCAUGGCGGUGCGCCCGCUUAGCACGAUCGAGGUGUGCGUGGCACCCAUGUGGAACACGGGCGGGGGGGCCUUGCCGCUGCAGGUUGACGUCGUCUUUCGCAGCAUCCAGCCUGACCCAUCCGCGGUGGUGGUCCAGGGCGGCGAAGGGUCCGCCCGCGUCAACUUGGUGGCGUUGUUGGCCCAGGAGAACAUCCUCCCGCAAGCCAGACUGACCGCGUGGACGCAGCGCUUCCGACCGACCGAGUUUGCCGUGUCGCCGUGCUCGGAGCGAAGCACGUGGCCCGAGAACCGCGUCGUGUACCAGCUCGUAGUCACGUACAAGUUCACCAAGGGGGAAGAGGGCAAGGUCGUGCUGAGAUUGCCCAUCUUGAACGGCCGACUGUACGACGCGCCGUUCGAGUCGCAGCUGGUGCUGGCCUUCGACGCGAACAAAAAGCUGCUGGGGGCGUCGGACGCGAUGCCCAAGGAACUGACCCUGCCCAAGGGACCGAUCGUUGUCCGAGCUCAAGUGCGCCAUGAAGAUUACACGCUCCUGGGUAAAUUGGCCGACAUGGUGCUGUUUGCAGACCACAAUAUCAAGGACAUCGUCGUGCCCGUGUACGAUACGUCGGACGGGGCGUCGUUGGGGUCCAAACCCAUGGCCUCAACGGUGCUUCGAGAAGGGCUGUACGUACCAGUUUACGUAGGGGAGCCAGAGAAGCUUCCAAAGGGGGCAAGUCCUGGAGACGUCUUGUCGGGGAGAGUUACCUAUGGGAAGAAAGGCGUGACCCAUUGGAAAGGGUCGGCCUGUAAGCCAGACGGGUUUCCACUGACGUACGUCGUGGGUCCAUCAGAACCCAAGCGCAAGGACGUCGAGGUCGUCGCGUCGCCUCCACCUGCCGACGACACGGACGAUGACGAGGCGCUGCGUGAUUUUAUUUCCACUAGAGUCCACAAAGCAGUGGGCAAAGACGCAUUCGAUGCGUUGUGGGGCAAAGCCAUCGCGAGUUAUCCCGCCUACGCCCCGCUCCUCAAAGUACACAAAGAAGGAUCACUUGUUUGGAAUGAGCUACACCGUUUUAUCUCUAGUCAAAGCUGCACCAUGUCGACCACGAGAAGAAGCGCGUCCAGCAACUGCAGCAGGUCGUGGAGGCGGCCACUGCCGUUGAAACGUUGAUGGAACCACUGUUGCCGGCGAUGACGGCGUUUUAUGGCGUGCGGCAAUUGCCCGGAACCACACCGAACAAAUCUAACAUGGACAAGGACAAGGCCAUGUUGAUCGAUGCGUGGACCCGCAAAGCGCGGGCGCUGGGCGACCUCAACAAGCAAGUUGAGUUUCAGAAAACAGUCGCGACAUUGCAGCAAUGGGCCAACGUGGCAGAUCCCAAGUUUCUCCACGUGGGGCUGUUUGAUCACCUCUUCAAGAACCAGUACGGAUUGGCACUGCAGCGCAUUCAAAAGUGGCAAGCCGUGGACGCCACUGAACGAGACAAGAUCAUGUCCCCGAAAAAGGCUCUAGAAAAGAAACUCGACAUUUACGCACUCUUGGGAUGGACUUCCUUGAUGGAGUACGAAAAGGCAUGGGCGACCAUCAACGCCCCAACUAGCUUCACAUUGUUUUAGGCUCGUUGACUCAUUCAAGUCAGAGUCCUUAACCUUAUGAAAGGAAACACUCGGAACUUUUGUUGGA